CUGCUUUCCUCUGUUCAACCUCGAUCCACAUCCACACCACAGCCAAGCAGCCUACCUACUCAACUUCGAUUGACCAAAAUUCAAUUUGUUUUCCAGCAGUCAUGGCAGCCAGAGCCCUCUUCCUAGUCUGCAUAGCUCUCCUCCUCGCGACUUCCGCCUUGGCAGCGCAGCGAGGCCCGCCUGGCGGAGUCCGUCCUGGCGGACAGGGGCAAGGGGGACAGCGCGGAGGGCCUGGCGGACCCGGCGGAAAGGGUGGACCUGGCGGGCCUCCUGGGCCACGCGGCCCUCCGCUGAACCUGACGGCCGUCGGCAAUCUGACGGCGGACGUAGGCGGACGAUUGGCGAAUUGCUCCGCGGACCAGACGGUCCUCGACGGCGGCUUCCACCUCGCCAUCUUCAAGAAUGCCACCGGCAACUUCAAUAUCCUCGCCGAAGCUCUCCUCGUAAACGCCUCCGGCGGGCCGCCCGACUCGCUCGCGAUCGUGCAGGGCACCGUGUGCGACUCCUCCGCCUCCGCCGCCGCGCUGCUCACGCUGCCGUUCACCGCGUCCGACUGGCAGCAGCGCGCGGGCUGGUGGCUGCUGCACGCGGAGGCGCGCCUCGACGCGUUCCUCGAGAACGUGGACGUCGCCACCGUCGAUGCGCUCCUCGCGCUCCUCCCCAACGCCUCGCUCCCAGCGGCUCGCGGCAGCAGCGGAAGCGGGGCAAGCGGGGGCAACGCGGGCGGCGUGCGCAGCGGGCAGGGCAGCAGGCGCAUGGGGCUGGGGAUGGGGCGGGAGCUGCUGAUGCGCGCAGCGGGACGCGUCACUGGCGGCAGGCAGGGGGGACAGCAGCAGGGGCCGCCUGCUGGGGGUGCGGGGGGGAUUAUGGCGGGUGGCGGAGGCAGUGGCGGAGUGAACGCGACUGUGAGUGGGUAUGCCGUCCUUGCCACUGCCACUGCUGCUGGCGUGGCGUGGGGCGGGCAGCUCAUGGGGGUCAAAAUGCCCGCCGCUGCUUGAUCUGGUGAUGCCGCUAUGCCUCCCAUAUUGCUGCUGACUUUCUUCCUUGCUGCUAGAUGGAGAUGCUGUUGCAGGAAAUGUGUCUGCCUGCUUGCUGUCUGUGAGGACUCCUCAGCAGGGCUCUCGGUUCCGUCACCAAAAUGUGAAUGGCCCAAAACUGUCCCGAAAUUAAGCAGCCCGAAAAGUGUCCUGAAACAUGGCGGGAACGACCCCAAUCCCCGCCCAGAUGCAGUGCUCAGGACCAAUGUCCCGAAACUGACAUAUUUCGGGCGCGGAACAAUCCGACCUGCCAGGUGGGUGCGCCAGUUUCCGGACAGUUUUCGCCCUAGGUAACUGAUCUAACGGUCCGCAAUCCAAAUUCGAUCCAAAAUUCGUACAGCCGUCGAUUAUACUACUGCACAAAGCAAUGUCGCGGCCCGUAGCGCGCGUAGCGAGCGGGGACGCGCACAUGAACGACAUAUUGUGUUACAACUGUACGGAAAAUUUGCAAAAGAAAUAAAAACUGCUAAACACA